AUGUCAUUUAUUAGGAAUAUGUUAUUUGGUGGUGUUAGGACCAGUGAGGAUCCCACUGGCAUAAACGGUGCAGCUUUUGCAUCGAAUAAUGUUGGCGAACCAAUUGUUGAAGGUCGUUUCUACCCAAGAACUCUAUAUACAUACAAUGGACAUGACGACGAAAAGAUAUUCAUAGCCAUCAAGGGUAAUGUUUAUGAUUGUACAACGGGAAGGCAAUUUUACGGGCCAAGUGGGCCCUACGCAAACUUUGCUGGUCGCGAUGCUUCAAGAGGUUUAGCCAUGAAUUCAUUCGACAUAGAGGUCAUAAGAAACUGGGACCAGCCAAUUGAUGAUCUUUCAAAUCUUACUGCCGCAGAUUGGGACGCCCUAAAUGAGUGGGAACAGCACUUCCAAGGAAAAUACCCCUGUAUUGGCACUCUUGAGCCUGAGCCAGGUAUUAACGAUUAA